CCUUCUCGGAAGCUGCGGCAGGGCUGACGCAAAGUUGCAUGUCAGGUUCAACAGACGUCUCAUGCGGACGGUUUUCAGGGUCCAUCUUCACAUUUUAAAUAACAUUUCACAGUUUUGUCUUCAGUGGACGGUUGUUUUACGUCAUGGCGUCGGAGAUAACGAAAGGUGUGGCCCAAGUAUCUGUGGGUGAGCAGCUGUAUGUUUCUGAUAAACAUGGCAGUGAUCAGGAUGGAGACGGUUCAGAACAGAAACCUUUCAAAACUCCCUUGAAGGCUCUGUUGUUUGCUGGAAAGGAGCCGUUCCCGACGAUCUACAUGGAGUCUCAGAAGGAGGGAGAGCGCUGGGCAGUGAUCUCCAAAACGCAGAUGAAGAACGCAAAGAAAGCCUUCAACCGCGAGCAGACGAAGAACGAAGCCAAAGAAAAGAAAGAGGCUGAAGACAAUGAGAGGCGAGAGAAGAACCUGGAGGAGGCCAUGAAGAUCAUCAUCGAGAAAGACCCGAGUCUGCCGGAACCGCCGACGGUUAAGAUCCAGCAGCUGGAGGCCCAGAGGGGUCAGCGGGUCAAAGUGUUCGGCUGGGUCCAUCGCCUCCGGAGGCAGGGAAAGAACCUGAUGUUCGUGGUGCUGCGAGACGGGACCGGUUUCCUUCAGUGCGUCCUGUCCGACAAACUGUGUCAGUGCUACAACGGGCUGGUUCUGUCCACGGAGAGCACCGUGGCUCUGUACGGGGUCAUCACGCCGGUUCCUGAGGGCAAACAGGCGCCCGGCGGCCACGAGCUGCACUGUGACUUCUGGGAACUGGUGGGUUUGGCUCCGGCGGGCGGCGCCGACAACCUUCUGAACGAGGAGUCGGACGUGGACGUCCAGCUGAACAACCGGCACAUGAUGAUCCGCGGAGAGAACGUCUCCAAGAUCCUGAGGGUCCGCUCCACCGUCACCCAGUGCUUCAGAGACCAUUUCUUCAGCCGCGGAUACCACGAGAUCACCCCUCCCACGCUGGUCCAGACGCAGGUGGAGGGCGGCUCCACGCUCUUCGGUCUGAACUAUUUUGGCGAGCAGGCCUACCUGACCCAGUCCUCCCAGCUCUACCUGGAGACCUGCAUCCCGGCUCUGGGAGACACGUUCUGCGUCGCCCAGUCGUACCGGGCCGAGCAGUCCCGCACCCGCAGACACCUGUCAGAGUACACCCACAUCGAGGCCGAGUGUCCCUUCAUAACGUUCGAGGACCUGCUGGACCGCCUGGAGGACCUUGUCUGCGACGUGGUGGACCGAGUCCUCAAAUCUCCCGCCGCGCCGCUGCUCCUCGAACUCAACCCGGACUUCAAACCCCCCAAGAGGCCGUUUAAGAGGAUGAACUACACCGAGGCCAUCGAGUGGCUCCGAGAGCACGAUGUCAAGAAGGAUGACGGCUCUUUCUACGAGUUCGGAGAGGACAUCCCAGAAGCUCCGGAGAGGCUGAUGACCGACGCCAUCAACGAGACCAUCCUGCUCUGCCGCUUCCCCGCCGAGAUCAAGUCCUUCUACAUGCAGCGCUGCGCCGAGGACCGCCGCCUCACCGAGUCGGUGGACGUGUUGAUGCCGAAUGUCGGCGAGAUCGUCGGAGGUUCGAUGCGUAUCUGGGACUCUGAGGAGCUGCUGGAGGGAUACAAGAGGGAGGGCAUCGACCCGACUCCGUACUACUGGUACACGGACCAGAGGAAGUUCGGGACGUGUCCUCACGGAGGUUACGGCCUCGGGUUGGAGCGUUUCCUCACCUGGCUGCUGAACCGACACCACAUCAGAGACGUGUGCUUGUACCCGCGCUUCAUCCAGCGCUGCCGACCCUGAGGCCGCCCGCUGCAGCCGAAGACGCGCCAAACAGCCGAAAUCAUCGUCUUCUACCGGCUCCAACGUUAAAACUGCAGAUAAAUUAUUCACCCCGACGGUUUCUGUCCAGAUUAAUUCAAAUAAAUGACUCGGUCAGAUUUCAAA